UUCUAUUCACAGGCUCGCUGUCGUGUCGAUAAAAUUCAUCUGACGUGCCAAUAAUAAUGUGCAUUUGUUUUCCUUAUUCGCACGGUGAAACUUACCACUCUUCGGGAUAGUCUACCACAAAUGAAAAUAAAAGGUGCACAGGUGUACUUUUGCAUGAGGAAAGAACCGAUAUUCAUUUUAAACUUAUCUCAACAGUAGUAUUUUCACAAUGGAAAACAUACUAAUAGUUGGGCAACAAUUUAGCGAUUUUAAUGAGCUGCAAAACGCAAUUAGACAAUUGGAAGCAGAGACCCAUGCGAAAUUCGUCAUUGGUUCAAGCAGGAAGGCUGAAUCGAGAAAUAAGACGUUAUCCAUGAAGAAUAUUGCGUAUCACCCCAAAUUCGUUUAUACCAGCGUAUCUUUCGCCUGCAAACACUAUGGCCAAGCGAGAAAAAGACCAGGCCUCGGCGUUCGGCCAAAUCAAAGGUCUUUUAAAUUGGAUUGCCCUGCCCGUGUGCUGGCCUAUGCUGACAGACACAAGGACUGCUUCGUGAUCUCCAAAUCUUGUCUUACUCACAACCAUGACGUCAGUGCAGAUGCUUACAACCAGUAUCCUGAGUCUCGUCGGCUAAGCCAGACCGAAAAGGAAAAAGCAGAGGAACUAUUGCGACUCAAUCUUUCUCCAGCAAAAGUGAAGGAUUACUUGAAUUCACUGACCGGCAAAUGCAUCACAGCCAAGGAUAUAUAUAAUUUGAAGCUGAAGCUCAGUAGCAUCGACACAAAGGUGGUUUCGAGCCCGUCUAUUUCAGACCAAGAUGUCGUUCGACGCGUUAUCAAAGACGAAGAUUUUGCUUGCGACGCUUAUGAGGACAAGCCUGUCUGUACUGUCCCAGAGGAGAAUCACUGGAUGCCGGCGCUUCCUGGCGUUAACGUCGACGCAAAUAACUUUAUCAAAUGUCAACAGCCGAUUGAUAAACCCACAUUCAAGACACAGGCUUCUCAGACCGAAAUACUGUGUAAAUGUCGUGAUGCAGUUACCUCGAGGAUAAUGACGUCAAACACCAGCAAAAUUGAAAAACCUCUUUCUCUGAUAUGGGGGUGCGAAUUGAAUGAAAAAAACAAGACGGCUACCUUUGUAACCGAUGAUACAAAAUAUCAACACCAACUGGCUUUGAGGACGAUCUGCUUAGGCGCAGAAGCCAAAGACGAAUUCAAUGUUGUAGAAAUCGUGCCAGACGAGGGAGAGGGUGCGGAUGCGAAGCCAGUCCCCCUUGCAACAUUGAAGAGUUCGGUAAUGCCAACGGUGACUAUAUCAGGAAUUGAACUCCCCCCUCAGGUUACAUUUAGACUUAAAGCAGGUUCGGGCCCGGUCUAUAUCAGUGGACAACAUAUCUUGGAGGAAGAUUUAUCCUUUGAUGAAGAGGAUGGUGAAGAGGAGGAUGAAGUAGAGGAAGAGGAAAUUGAGGAAAGUCCUCCCAAACCAGUAAAGAGGGCAGCUUCCAAUAAAAAAUCUGCACCAGCCAAGAGAAAGAAGACUGAUGAGAAGGAGGAGGAAGAUGAUGAGGAGGAAGAGGAAAUGGUUUCGGAGGACGAAGAAAGCCCACCUAAAAAGGGCAAAGGAAGAGGAAGGAAACCAGCUGUGAAGAAGUAGUUGCUGAGUCUUUCAGGUACUGCAAAUUGCAUGGAAGAUGACCAGGAACAUAACUUGUUCUGUAAAUUAUUCUACAGUGAGCCCCCCCCCCCGGCUGACUUUUGUAUGUUUCAAUUGUUUUCUAGUCUUGCUAUCCAGUAAUUCUAAUUCCAUUUAAUAAUAUUGUACAGCUCUUUUGCUGAGCAUGUUUUCCAUGUGUUAAGUUGUUAACCAAAAAAAAAGAGUAAUAAAAGUAUCAUCUUGUUAAA